UAUGACUUGCUUCAAGAUUGUUUCUGUUUCUCCAUCAAUCUAACUCAGAUUCAACAUUUGAUUUCCUAAACCUCAUUCAGGCUUUUAGUUACAGAUUUUAUUUUUCUUUAUUUUACGACAUUCAUGAUUCACAUAGUUUUGGCUGUUUUACUGUUUAGCAUCCCAGGAGAGGCAAAUUGUGUUUGAUGAUGUAUUUUGCCUUCUCCAACCCCUAGUAGACAGUGGAUUCUCAUACAGUAUCUAGUAUUCUGUACGAAAAAUAGGUUGGUAAAGUAUGCCUUUCUGAAUGUUACAUAUUGAUGGUCCUGAUUUGGACAUUCCACCUAGUUGACUAGAUACGCGAUUGUUUCAUCGCUCCAACCUUCUAUCCCUUCUGCAAUUCAUCUCCUUUUUUCUGCAGACUUCCGGAUUUCUUACCCAUGAGCAUAGACAUCUUGGCUAACCAUGUUUAUGUUGCACAGCAGGUAAGGCUGAAAUGCUCCUUUUUCCGAAGAAAGGUCACUAUUGAAUAUGCCAAUCUAUCGAAGCAAGCAAAGCUAAAAAGAAAAAAAAUUGGGGGUUUGGGAAAAGAAGGGAUAGAUGAUGAAUAACUUGUUCUCACAGAGGACAUAUGUCGCUCUUAUGCAGAAUUGUGAUCUUCCUCCGCCGCAGAAAGUCUUUGCCAGAGCUGAUAAAUCUGUGAUCAACUCCACCACCAACACUCCACCUUAUCACAGUAAGAAUUGUGGAAAAGAAGAUGAAUUUGCAAUCCCAAAAGAACUGUCUGAAAUCGAAAAGAUGAAUUUGUUGAGAGCUUUGCAAUUAUCGCAAACGCGAGCGAGGGAAGCGGAGAAGAAAGCCAAAGUUGUAACCCAAGAGAGGGAUAAUCUUGCUAAUUCAUUUCUUAGAGAAUCCUUGAGAAUGUUUGCUUACAAACAAUGGGUAAAACUGCUUGAAUUUGAAGUCUCGCAAUUGCAAUCACAAAAUGAAGAUGAACAUAAAUUGCCUCGGCGCAGUUGCGAAACGGCUAAAGAGAUUGAUUCUGCCUCAUCAUCAGAGGAAGAGGAAGUAGGAAAUGAAGAUGACGGAAGUCUAGUAGGAAACGUGACAUGGUAUAUGGCUUUAGCUUUAUGUUUUGGAUUUGCUGGUGUAGGAUUUGUUUUUGGGUGCAGAUACUACUACAUUAUUUGAGAGGUUUUUUCUUCAUCUCUCUCACAUUUUGAGUAUAUGCUAACAAAUGUGAUAUCCUCUUUUGAGUAUAUGCUAACAAAAAUUGGGCAUUUAUGCAUAAAA